UAAACACGCGCGCUUCACCAGUGGCGUUGGGAAAAAAUGGCUGCUUCGGCGGCAACGGCGAGUUCUCCGCCAGGUUUGUGUCCGAAUUACGCCGUUAUCUGCUCCUUUCUGGAACGCUACGGAGCACUGCUGGACUUGCCGGAGCUCACUUUCCCGCAGUUGGAGCGGUACUUGCAGGACACAUCUUCAGUUCCAAAGCUUCUGGUUGAUCUUCACGUCAAGUUGCUCAGGAAGAUCGGAAAGUCCGUGUCAGCGGACAGAUGGGAGAAGUAUCUAGUCAAGGUGUGCCAGGAUUUCAACACAACAUGGGCUUGGGAGCUGGAGGAAAAAGGAUACAAGGACAUGACGCCGAAGAGCAAGACGGCGAUCCUUAAGUAUCUGUGCGAGUGUCAGUUUGACGACAACCUCAAGUUCAAAAAUGCCAUCAACGAGGAGGACCCGGACAAAAUGCGGCUGCAGCCCAUCGGUCGCGACAAGGACGGCCAGAUGUACUGGUUCCAGCUGGACCAGGACAACAACGUCCGCCUGUACGUGGAGGAGCAGGACGACCUGGACGGCUCGUCGUGGAAGUGCAUCGUCAGAGAUCGUAACGACUUAGCGCAGGUCCUGGCACUGCUAAAGACGCACAUUGAUCCCGAGCUCCUGAAGAAUGAUGCCAAAAGUGAAGAGGAGAAAGCAGGUGUAGUGAAAAAAGAUGGGACCUCAUCUGACGAGAGCAGCAAAGCGGCCUUACCUGCGCCGCUAAAGACUGAGAGCAACGGUAAAGUUGAACAGCAAGAUGAUGUAAAAUCGGAAACCUGCGAAGUCAAAUCGACGUUGAGCGACAUCGCCGAGGUCGCAACGGAAAAGCCAGUCGAUGAAAGCGUAGACGCUAAAGUCAAGAGCAUCAAAGAAGAGCCUACGGAUGACGUCAAGUCGGCAGCCGGGGACCCGACUCCCCUGAAGUCCGAGCCUGAGUGUGCGAAGUCCAAGGUAAGCGAGGAAGCCAAGAGGAACAACGCGGACGAAAUCCAGCAAAUCAAGAAUGAGCAGCAGGCCAAGAUCCCUUUGAAGAAAAGAGGGAUGAAGUUCAGCGAAGACUUUGACAAAAGCUUUGUACAUAUUCUGCCCGUUCCCAAACCCGACGCCUCUUCCAAGCGAGGGAACGACCAUGUCAACGGUGAAGUUCACCCGACGCCGGAGACGCGACUCCAGCCACCUUUGAGCGAGGAAUUGAGCGAAAAACAGGAACUUGCAUCCACAAAAGAUGUGGGGAAAGAUACUGUGAAGGAUCCUUGCUGUCCUGCGAAGGUCUCGCCGCUGCCGUCGGACCAGAAAGAUUCAAGCGUGCUGGUUGGAACUGAAACGACUGCAGCAGCAGAUGAGGGGGGGAAAAAGUUGUCCAAUCAGGAAGAACUUGAAACUGAAGCCAAAUCGUUAACAGAGAACAAGAUGCACUCUUCAAAAAAACAUAAUUCAGAUCAUAAAGUCAUCAACGAAGAGUUGGAAAAACCAGACCGCGGGAAUAUGACGGCUGCUAAAGAAGCGAAGGAACCCGAGAAGGUGGAAAGUAGAGCAGAUGUCAAGCCAACGGAAACGAACGUAAUGGGAAAAGACGCCAGGGAGUGUGACGCAGGGACACAGGAUAACUCCAUCAAGAAAAUGUCUCCUGAAAGAGAAGUACCUGACGAGAAAGCACAUCCGAAGUCUGCCGCCAAGAAAAAGGACGACACGACGAGCCGAGAAGUAGCACAGAGCUCCAGUGUCAUCAAAAAGAUAGACACAUCGGAAAAAUCAUCAUCUGAGGCGUCCGUUAUUAAAAAGGCGGACGCGGUAGAAUCGCCUCGAUCGGCCAAGAAAGACAUGGUCGCGAAAACUCCAGAACAGCCUCAAGUCAGUGAGGACAAAAAGGAUUUGUCAGAAAAAGUAGAAAAAGCCUUAGGUCCUGACACAGACAAACCACAGCAGGAUGACGAAGCCAAAAGGACAGAGGAGGCUUCUGAUUGUCAAGAAAAAACGUCCAGCAAUGCUGACAAAACCGUCGCAGAACCUGAUGCAAAUCAGGAACAGGCGCUGAAGGAUCAGCCUGAAAAAUUGGAGGCAAAGCCGCUCGCAUUGAAGGUCACCAAGGAUGAAAGACAGAAGGACUCUAAAAGCGAUAAAACAUCAGAGAAAGACCCACCUGAGAAAUUAAAAUCCGGUGAUCAUCCGGUUGAAACCGAGCAGUCGGAGGACACGAGCGAGAGCAAAGAAACCAGCCAGCCGACAGAGGAGGCUGCCAAAAGCGAAGAAGACGGGUCCAAGAAAGAGGUGACGGAAAAAGUCACCAAGGAUGAAAGACAGAAGGACUCUAAAAGCGAUAAAACAUCGGAGAAAGACCCACCUGAGAAAUUGAAAUCCGGUGAUCAUCCGGUUGAAACCGAGCUGUCGGAGGACACGAGCGAGAGCAAAGAAACCAGCCAGCCGACAGAGGAGGCUGCCAAAAGCGAAGAAGACGGGUCCAAGAAAGAGGUGACGGAAAACGGCGACGAAGCUCGGUCGAACGCUAAAGAGAAGGUUGUCCGUCGGAAAGGCAGAACUCUUGCCCAACGCCGUAAGGCCAAACUCCAACUGGAGGAGAGACGGGGCGACUCGGGGUCCGACACUAAUGCGGGCGGGAGGUCGCUGAGACGAUCACCGAGGAUCUCCAGAUCCACGCUUAAGGCGGAGGAGAUCCAGGACACAAGGCCGGAGAAGUCUCAGGCCGAGACAGAGAAAGAAGAUGAAGAGGAAGAAGAAGAGGAGGAGGAGGAGGAGGAGGAGCAGAUCGUUGAAAAGAAGCCCAGAGAGAAAAAGGUGUCUCAGGAGGGUCAAUCCAAACCAAAGGCGCGCAAACGACGGAAGACGCGCUGGUCCAACGUGCGCACCCGACACAAAAGGAAAGGCUCGGGAGACGAGGAUGACGAAGAUGGCGACAGCGACGAGGAGUCCAGCGAGUAUGUGGAAAGCGAAGAGGACGACAGUGACGAGGACUACAAGGUGGAGCGGAGCCGGCGGGGACCCCGACGCCGCUACGAACGACGAAGGACAGACUCCUCCACGUCCUCGGACGACGACCUUCCGCCCAACGAAGACCCGUGCAAACACUGCGGUCUUCCCAAUCACCCCGAGCUGAUCUUACUGUGCGAUUCGUGCGACAGCGGCUACCACACGGCCUGCCUGAGGCCGCCACUCAUGAUCAUCCCCGACGGCGAAUGGUUCUGCUCGCCCUGCCAGCAUAAAAAGCUCUGUGACCAACUAGAAGAGCAGCUGCUCAACCUUGACGCUGCCUUGAAGAAAAAAGAGCGGGCGGACCGAAGGAAAGAGCGUCUCAUUUAUGUCGGAAUCAGUCUGGAAAACAUCAUCACACCUGCGGAGAAGGAGGACGAGAAGCCAGAGAUGAUCGUCAAAGAGAAGAAGAAAGACUCGAAGCGAAGCAAGAGCUGGGGUCGAAGGUCAACCAGGGCCAAGAAAUCCAUCAGCUACAGAUUCGACGAGUUUGACGAGGCCAUCGAGGAGGCCAUCGAAGAAGACAUCAAAGAAGCAGAAGGAGGAGGAGCCGGCCGUGGUAAAGACAUGGCCAACAUCACGGGGAACCGAGGCAAGGACAUGGCCACCAUCAUCCAGUCGGAAGAGGCCAAGGAAAAUGGCCAACCGCCAUGCCCCAGCGCCGGGCAGCGCAAGAAAAAGCGGAGGCGUCUCAACGACCUGGACAGCGACAGCACGGUGGACGAGGAGGAGAGCGAAGACGAGUUUUGCCUCAGCGAAAGCUCCGAGGAGGAGUUUGUGGUGACCGACAACGAGGCGGAAGCCGAGACGGACGCGGACUCCAACGCUAGCAGCAGCGGCAAACGUCGCACGGCCAACUCCCGCAGCAGGAACACGCUGAAGCGACGACGAAGCUCUCGAAAGCGGCGGCGACCCAAAGGCUACUCUGACGACGAGGAAGUGGAAACAGACGAGGACGUGGACGAAGAGGAAAUAGCGACCGAAGGCUCCAGCGAGUAUAGCGACAGCGAUCUGGACAUGAGUCGGCGGCGGUCGCGGCGGAGUCGAAAGGCACAGGUGAAUUACGCAGAAACGUCCGAGUCCGAAGGCUCUCAGGCCGAAACCAACCGGGACAAAACGAAACCCAGACGCCGCCUGAACAGCUCGGACAGCGAAGCGAGCUUCUCCCAAGACUCUGAGGAGGGCUCCAAGGAUCAGUUAGCGAAGAAGAAAGGCGACUCCUCGGAAGAAGAGUCCCGGCAGCGGCGCCGGCGCCUCGCCCUCAAGCGCAGGAGAGCCUCGGAGGAGGAGGACUCUGACAACACCUCGGACGAGUCGUCCGAGGAGGACCGGCCCGUCCGUAAGCGGGUAAACCGCAUCGAUUCGGACGACGACGAAGAGGAGGAAUCCGAGAAACCAAAGGAGAAGAACGCCGCCGAGGAGGGCGCUGGCGUCACGGCGAAGGGAACAAACACAUCGGACUCCAACGCGGCCGAGCCGACGCCAACGCCAACGCCUCCGCCGCCCGCCAACGGACAGACCAAGAGCGUGGAGGGCGUGAUCAGCCGGAACGGCCAGGAGGGGGCGGCACAGGAAGAGGACGAAGAUGACCUCUUGGGCGUCACGGACCUGGUGGACUAUGUCUGCAAUAACGAAGACUUGUAAAAAAAAAAAAGAUGGUGUAAUAUUUCUUUACAUUUUUGUGCUAUUGUAUUUUUAUAUUCAUUAACUUUAUUGUUUUAUAAAUGUUUCUCCGCAACACUUCCUGUUUGGACAUUAGAGAAAGGUCUCUCUUCAUGCAGAGAUCCCAGACAAUGGCAGAAGAUCUGGCAUUAGGUCGCCUUUUUACGCAGCAGCCAGCAAUGCAGGAUUAUUGCUGUUGGAAAUAAACCCAAUCCCUUUCACACAGGCAGCCUUUAUGUCACGGCGCCUUCAAAAGGCUGAGCGCUGCUCCCCGAGUUCACACAGGAAGAUGAAAAAUGGCGGUUAGUGAGGUACUUCAUUCCAGCCUGGGUGAGGCGUAAUAAAUACACUUCCCUUAUUUUCUACGCCCAGUCUAGAAGUUAGCCCGUGCGUCCUCAAGGGGUGUAAGUAAAUCUUUGGGCACCCAAUGAUCCGAUUCACUUCUCAAUUCAAACCAAUUCUGGCAAUGUAUUUAUUGGUAUAGUUCUAAUGAAACGUUGUCAAAACAGGUUAGAAAAGCUCUGGUUGAAAAAUCGGUUCAAUCAGUUUUUGAGUCAGAAUCGGGAUGAAUCAGAAUCACAAUCCGGAUGUGAAUUGAUCUUGUUUUGUUAUGCCAUUUUUCAUAUUGUACACAUUUUAACUGCCAUUUGUGUUCCUACGUUUUGGGGGAAAGGGAGCAAAGACAAACCCUAAUAACAGUAUCUAGUCGGGACUUUUAUACAUACAGUAUAUAUAUAAUGUAUUUUUUUGUAUAUCUAAAUGUUGAUUGGUUGUGGUGUCUCUAAGCAACUGUAAAGAGUGUUAUUUUCUUUGUACGUUCAUAAAAAAGGGUCCGUUUUUAUGAUCUUGUCUUCCCGUACACAAUAGAUACAUUUUUUUUAAAGUCAAGAUUGUAAAAAUGUGUGUGUAGUUAUUUGUAAUAUAUCUAUAGAGGCAUUUUUAAUUCCAAUACCACACGGCAGUUCUUCCUAUUGGAUUGCAUGAGUUUUUAUCCUAGGGUAUUAUGAAUUUUCCAACAAAAGACAACAAAUGUUAGCAUGUGACCUGUUUUAUUGUUAGACAAUAAAACAGGAAGGGGAGGGGCUUGGCAUACAGUAGGACCACUGAAGCUUGUUUCUAUUUACCAUGUAAGGCUGGCCAAAAACAUACAAAAAAAAAAAAUGUUCAGAGCUGCAUGGUCUGGUGCCAGUGAACAGUAUAUUACGUUUUUCUCUCGUUACCUCAUGAAUUUAGGAGGAACAGCGCCCCUAAAUCCUUCCUCCUCUUUUCCCAUGCCCUGUGUACAGAGCUUAUGACCCCGUUAUUUGUUUACUGUUAUUUCUUAUGAUCUUGUACAUUUGUCAUAAUAAAAGUGCUUUCAAGCCUCAAACAAAAUUGAGGUUUUUAUU